CGGAGGGCUUCCCGGAGGAAGCCGCUGGGUCCCACGCGGCGCUGGGGCCUCCGCCUCUCGCCAGGUCCGAGCUGUCAGCCUCUCCAGUGCCCGCGACGGAGCAGCCGGACACGCCUAGCGCGGGCUCCAGAGGGAGAAAAUAUGGAAGGGUGUGGCGGAGCCCAGUGGGAGCGACACAUAAAUGAACAUCUAAAGUGACCGGGUGUGUGAAUGCUUGGAAGGGAAGAAAAGGGGUGAGUGCACUGGUAGAAGCUGCUUGGGGUGGGCAUAGAGGCCUCUCUGAGAAGCUGGCAUUUGAAGUGAGAUCUGAGGUUAUGGAGUGAGAGAUUGCAGACAGGGAGCAAGUGGCGCAAAGGCCCUGAGGCAGGAAAGAACUCGGCACCUUCAGGGCCAGCAGGGUGGGCUCUGUGGCUGGAGUGGGAAAGAGGCUGGCGAUAAGGUGGGAGUGGUAAGCAAGUUCUCAGUCCUGGGGGGCUGGAGAGCUGCAUCCUUGACCACAGAAAGGUUUCAGCCCAGCAGUGACGAGGUCUGGCUUGUUGGGAAAACAUUGCCAUUAUUUUCCCCAUUUUACAACUAAGGAAAUUGGGGCCUGGAACUAUAGCCUGGGUGUACUUCUGAAGGUGGCCAUCCUUCUGGGACCCAGACAAAGAGGCUGUGGAUUCUUUAGGGGUUCCUUGGGGGAUACAUCUGAUGAGUGGCCAAAGCCCAAGGUUGCAAACUCUUCUUCCUCCCCCGGACCCCCCAACCCAAGCCUGGGCUCAAAUCCUGGCUCUGCUGUUUGCCUGCUGUGUGGCCUUGAACAGGUGGCCUCACUUCUCUGUGCCUCAGUUUUCUUAUCUGCAAAACAGGCAUAAUGGUAGUACCUGCCUCAGAAGAGUGAGAAUGAGUGUGAGUGGGUGUGAGACAGGUAAGUGAACCUGUGUUGGAGUCUAGAACAGUGCCUGGAGCAGGGGCCAAGGGGAGGAGGCUGGCUCUUCCCUGUGUUGUGGGAAUCCUCUGUUGCUCUGUGUCCUACUACCAGUGCCUCAGGGGUUCCUCUCCCUGUCACCUACUGCUGCCUCAGUGGAGGACCAAGCAGGGAGCCUGUGCGCCAUUGUUGGGGGCAAUGGUCUUACAUCCAGUCCCCUAAAAUUGAGGACUAGAGCAAAGCUGACUUCCUGCCUCCUAGUGCCCCCGCUCAGUUCUGGCCCAGCCUCACCCAGACACAGAAAUGGACCCGACUCCUCUGGCCUUUCCCCCUCUGAGGCCUGCGGACACCUCUUUCCCUGGGCCUCGGGAUCCCAGUGGAAAACAGCCUAAUCUAGCACCCACCUGGGUGGCACAAGGGGCUCAGGGUGGCUGAGGGGACACAGCCAUCGCCCUCUCAGUGCCCCAGCCUCUUCUGGAAAAUAGGGUCACAGAGUGCCUGCCUCCCGGAGGCCUGGGGGUUUGAGUAACUGCGGUGCCUGGCCUUGAACUCCAGCACGGUCACUAUUACGGCUCUGCCCAUGUCUCCUGUUUUGACAAAGCCGCUGUGGGCAUGCCCUGGCCCUUGGAGCUCACACUGGCCUGUCCCUCAAUGUCCGAGUCUCCUCGUUCAUAGACUAGAGGGGGCAGCAACCCCAGAGCUGCCGGGGAGAAGGAGUUGAUCUGGGGGAAGUGCCCAGGUUGGUCGGCCUGGGGGACUGGGCGGAGGCUGGGACGCCUCAGUUUUCCAUUCCUGCGUCCACUGGGGAUAACAGUGGAGCUGACCUCAUCGCGUCCCGUCCGGGAGGGAGCGUCAAGUGGGUUAAUUAACCCAGGAAAGCCACUUUCGCAGCCCUGCACGGGGAAAGGACUCAGGGUGGCUGAGACUGAGGGGGGGCGCGGUUGGCCACCCCUAACCUCGGUGCUUCCUGGCAGCGUCAAAGGGGCUUGAACGUCGCCCCACGUGCUGUGGGCUGUCCCGAGGAGGAGCUCCCUGCCGUCCUGGCACCCAGCCAGCUGUCAGUGCGCUGGGGCUCGGCUCCAGCCCCUGCCUGGCUUACUUCCCCCUUUUGGGUAAUACCCGGGCUGGCGGGUUCACCUGCCCGCAGCCACCGGAAGUUGCGCAAAGGCGGGUAACCUGAGCCCCAGGUGGGCCGGCAGGAGUGCAGCAACGGGCAGCAACAGCGCAGCCAGGUAGGUGCUGGCAGGGGUGGGAGAGGGUCCUCUGGCCCUGGUGGGGGCAACCCCCGUGCUCUUCCCUCCCCCAUUGGCAGGGACCUCGAGGGCAGGUGCUCCCCUUCAGACUUAAAGGGGUCGCAGGACUCGUGUUGUCAGUCCCCUCAUUUGAGAUAAAGGUCGACCCAGGUUCAGAGAGGGCAGCCAGUUUUGGGUGUCACACAGCAUGCCGCUUCACUAGAGGACUUCACUGCUAGAGGAUUUCCCAGAAGUGAGGGGGAGCAGCUGCCAAUCUUGGAACCCCGGUCUCCCCACCCAUUCCAUGGCCUCCUAAGGGUAACGCAGGCUGGGGAAGGAGAAGGGGCUGGGGAGCGUGGGCCAGGUGGCCUGCGAGGCCCAGGGAGGAGAAGGGUUUGUUGGGUUUUGUGGGCAGCAUUCGAAAAAUCCACGGGUGGGGCCUUGGGUGGUGGGAGGAGGCCACAGAGAGGACAUAGUUCCACCUGGUGAUUGGGGCCAAGGCUUCUCCUCACAGGGGUCACCGUGACAGGGGACUGUGCAGGUCUGCCCACCGAUUAACCUCUGUUUUGUGCGCCUCUGUUCAUGACCCUUGUGGAGCAGGCUUCUGGGGGCUGGUGUCUGAUGUUCAGAGUCCUAACACAGGACAGUGAGUGGAGGGCCACCCUUUCCCCAGGUGCUGCAGACAUUCUUGACCUGUCAUCUCUUCUUCUCAGAGCGACCUGACUCCCCAGGGAGGUCUAUUUUUAGCUGCAGGUCACAGAUAAGGAAACCUGGUGUGUGGAGAGGCCGGUGACUUGCCCGAAGCCAUCUCAGGGCAAGCACCAAGGUGGGUGGGUGAGCACCGGCCCUGGACCAGUGCUCCAAAGCUGGGCUUGGUGACUCGCUCAGCUGGAGGGGACCCUGGGGUCAGCAGGUUCGGUCAGAGGAAGUGGGUGUCAGAGUGGAGCUCCAGAGGGGCUUCUGACCUGGCCCUGCUCAUCUGACCUCCUUCCUCCCCGCUUCCCAGUUGGUGCUUGGGAGGGAUCCGCCUCUGCCACCAACGGGUUUGACUGGUUUGGGUGGCAGCAGCCGAUGGGGAGUGGGGGAGCGGGGCAGAGUCUGGCCACCUCAACACAGCUGGGAGGGCCGCUCCUCCCUCAGACCUUCCUGGGGUUCCCUCCUGAGUGGGGCUGGCCUCCCCUUCCCACCUGCCCAUUCCUUCUCCCUCCGGGGCAGCGCUGGCUGUGGGGCCAGCCGGGGAGGUUGUACUCCAACACUGCUGCUGAGGUCUCAAGCUGGAGACUGGGGUGAGGGGGAGCAGAUAUGUUCGCAGCCAUGUUUUGUGUGUCCAGAAUGGGCGGUGUUUUAAAAUUCCGUAUUACUGGAGAUGCAGAGUUAAGAAAGUAGACUUUGCGUGCACUUGUGCCUUUCGUGCCUGCCGAGGGCUUGGGGUGUCCCUCUGUGCUUCAUCUCCGUCUGCGUUCACACCUGGCUCCCGUGUACCUUUUGAUUCAAUGAAUACUCACAUGGGCUGCGAGCCGUACCUGAAGGUGAGCCUCCCGGUGCAGGGGCCACUGGCCACGCAGCUCUUGAGGACUUGAAAUGAUGCUAUUGUGAUUCAGGAGUUGAAUUUAAGUUUUUAUGUAAUUUGAAUUUUUGGUAAAGGUUGAAUAGACCCAUGGGGCUAGUGGCUACUUAAUUGGACAGGGUCUAGAUGGCCUGAACUGCAGAUCCCUUUGGGGACCUAGACUAAAUGCCUACCCUGUGUUUUGCAGAUGAAAAGUUUUGGGACUUGGUAGGUGGAUUUUCUUCUGCUCCAUCUCCAAGGGCCCUGGAAGGACAGGGGAAAGUGGUGAACCUUGGGCCCUGGGUCUGUCUUGGAAACGGGGACAGGGCUAGUUUAUCCCUGGGACAUGAGGCCCUCAUGUAUGUACGAGUGGCCGUGUGGAUACCUGUGCACUCAGGUGUGGGUCCUCUAGCCUGAGAGUGCCUGCCCUUCCAGCACCUGCUGGGUCCCCUGCUGGGUCCCCUGUACAGGGUCUGCUGGGUCCCUUGUACAGGGCUGUGUGACCUUGGAGCAGCAUUACUCAGGGUUGACAGGAUCAUAUCAGCCGGAGUCCCACACUGGAGGCUGACUGGUUCUGAACUCCUCUGGGGUAGGGGUGGGGAUUUUCUGCUCCUCCCCUACAGCUCAGCUCCCACGCCUGGGGCAUGGCGUGUCUAGGCAGGUGAAUGGCACAGAGUAGCUUCCUGCCCGGGAGGGUGAGGGGUGGAGGUGGUACCAGGCUCCUGUGGGCAGUCCAGGUGCAGAGGGACUAGAGCCCUUUCUCUUGGUCACUUAAUCUCAACACCCUUGUCACCAGCACCUCCCUGCUUGGAGGCAAGGCAGAGCCUGGAUUAGCUUAAGCAAGUUGGUUGCCUCCCUGAACUUCAGUUUCCCCAUCCACAAAAUGGGACCAUUGACAGGACGCUGAGGUUCCGCCUGCUGGUCCCGUCACAGAGCCUGGAGCCUGCUUUGCUCCCUUGAAGCCAUUGCCGGCGUCCAGCUGCCAACUCUGUGCUGGGAUCCCUGUCUCCCCUUUCUCUGGUCCGCCCCAACGCGUGCCCUCGGGGGAUGUAGUGGCCAUGCCGGUGGACACGCUGAGCCCCGCGGCGGCCGCCGCCCCCUCCUUACCUUUUCGCCUGCGGACCAAGGUUCCCGGCUACCUCCUGCGGAGGCCAGCGGACGGCGGAGCGCGGAAACCCAGUGCCGUGGAGCGCCUGGAGGCCGACAAGGCCAAGUACGUCAAGAGCCUGCACGUAGCGAACACCCGCCAGGAACCGGUGCAGCCUUUGCUGUCCAAACAGCCGCUCUUCAGCCCCGGGACUCGCCGCACGGUGCUCACGCCUAGCCGCCGCGCCCUGCCCGGCCCUGGUCGCCGGCCCCAGCUGGACCUGGACAUCCUUAGCAGUCUCAUCAAUUUGUGUGACAGUCCUGUGUUACCUGCCGAGGCCAGCCGUACCCCCGGACGGGCAGAGGGAGCCUUCCAGCACCCCCCAGCCACACCUCCGCGCCCACCAUCCAGCACAGCCGCGGUCCGCCGAGUGGACGUUCGCCCGCUGCCUGCCUCACCCGCCCGGCCUUGCCCAUCACCUGGCACCACCGCCGCCUCCAGCCCAGGCCGGCCACCGGGUUUGCAACGCUCCAAGUCGGACUUGAGUGAGCGCUUCUCCAGGGCAGCUGCCGACCUUGAGCGCUUUUUUAACUUCUGUGGUCUGGAUCCAGAGGAGGCGCGGGGGUUGGGGGUGGCCCACCUGGCACGGGCCAGCUCGGACAUCGUGUCCCUGGCGGGGCCCAGUGCUGGGCCGGGCAGCUCUGAGGGGGGCUGUUCCCACCGCAGCUCUGCCACUGUGGAGGAGCGGACCCAGGAGCGGGUCCCCUAUGGCGUGUCAGUGGUAGAACGCAAUGCCCGCGUGAUCAAGUGGCUCUAUGGGUUGCGGCAGGCACGGGAGAGCCCAGCAGCCGAGGGCUAGCCCUCUAGGACUCGAAAUUCACCACAGGACAGAUCUUGGAGAGGCUCUUGGCCCUUGACCUCUCCUGCAUCCUUUACCUGGGUCUCUGGACAGACCAGAGGCAGCUUCCUUGUUUGAACUUGGUGUAGAGGCAGAAGCUUCCAUCUAGACCAGGAUCCUCUGGCAAGGACUGAUCCUGGAGAGGGUUGCUCUUGGCCUUGGACCCUCCUCCCUUCAUACAAGGGUUCUGACAUGGGCAAAACCCUUGCUUGGUUCCUGUGCUGGGGCUGGCAUCUGGCCAUUUAGCCCUCCCCAUUGGGAGUGGGGGACCGAGGGAUGUGCCAAGCCUGUCUACCCAGUGACUCUGUUUCCUCUUUCCUUCCUUGUCUUCUGUCCCUUGUUGACUUCCUCUUCCUUACCCAGUGGGCCCUGGCUUCCUGGGAACUCACCCUGGGGUGGCGGGUGGCCGGGAGGAAGGGGCCUAUCUGCUGCUCUUCCUGCUCCUUGGCAGCUGGCCGAGGUGGGUAGGCUGCGGGGCCGGUUGGGGUCUGCACUGCUCUGACUUCCCUCCCUUUGGUUAAUAAAUGCUUGUUUCUUGAG